GAAGCCGAGUUGAACCAGUUGGAUUAAUCGCUGCGCCACUGCAUCUACACUACCCUUUUUUCUAUCUUCCAGAUUCCCGCGACACUCCCUCUGAAAUUGAAAUCUGAUAAGAAAAAAAAUGGUACUUUGAUCAUUCAUCACAUUGAAUCGCUGUUUCAAUUUCAACUUUCAUGGCUUUCAUUCUCAUAAUCGCUUCUCUCAUUUUCCUUUGGAUUAUUUCUCUAUGCAAAAUUUUCCUUCUCCCUCGUACCCCUUUCACCAAACACUUCACGCUUAAUGGUAGAGCUUUUCGGAAGAGAAAUGUCUUGCUAGUUAUCGCUCAUCCUGAUGAUGAAUCCAUGUUCUUCACUCCAACUAUAAAUUUUCUUACUUCAAGAGGGCAUUAUGUUCAAAUACUCUGCUUAUCUAACGGUGAUGCAGACGGCAAAGGAAAUAUCAGAAAACAAGAGCUUUUUCAGGCUUGUGUGUCCCUUAAGGUUCCUAUGCAACAAGUGAAGACCGUCAACCAUCCAGAUCUGCAGGAUGGUUUUGGUAAAGUUUGGAACCACAAUUUAUUGGCAAACAUUAUUGAGGAAGAAAUAACCAGUCACUGCAUUGAUAUGAUUAUUACUUUCGACAAAUAUGGCGUCUCAGGACAUUGUAAUCAUCGUGAUGUGCAUUAUGGAGUAUGCAGCAAGCUACUACAUGAUACUUCACGAGGAGAUAUUGAAGUUUGGGAGCUUGUCAGCACCAACAUAUUGCGCAAAUAUAGUGGUCCAAUUGAUAUAUGGUUGUCCAUGUUUUGGGCCAUGCUGCCCUCAAAUGGAACCAUCCAAUGCUUGGUAAAUGAACAAUCACGUAGAAGUUUUACUGCUAUGGCCCAACACAAAAGCCAGUGGGUUUGGUUCCGCAAGCUUUUUGUAGUCUUGUCCAGUUAUACCUAUCUGAACACUAUUAGAAAGAUCAAGUGAAGUUACAAUGCUGAAAAGGUUGUGUUGCUUGUGACCUGUAAGAUCAGCUCUCAUUUGUUGCUAUUCUAUUUGGAACUACACGAUUGGACAUCAAACUUCUAUUGGUUCAAAAUUUUCAUUCUAUGGAUUUGUGGUUCAAUCUCCAGCGGCCUUCCCACUUUCUUUCAACACGAUUGAAUGGAAUUUGCUAAUUUUCUUCCAAUUAUUCGGAUGUAUAUGUUCAUUAAUGGUGAUCCAAGUCAGGUUGUGCUUGCUUAGUUUGUAAUUAGUAAAGUAGCACAAUACAUUUGUUUACAGUGAUAUAGUUCAAUUUGGAUGAGUUUUUUCAAAAUCAAAUUAAUCUGAAUUGCAAAAUCAAUUAUCCCUCA